AUGGAGCAGGCUCUUGAAAAGGUAUUAAUUGUCAACGACUAUUUUUUAAAGGCAUAAUUUAGGCGAUUACAGAUGAUAAUUUAAAUACCACUAUUUAAACGUUGACAUCAUUGGACAUUAAAAAUAAAAUAGAAUAACGAUGAGGAUUAAGGCAAACUGACAAAGCUAAAUACGAAGGAAGUUCGUGUUUGAGUUUGUGUAAUUUCAGUGCAAAAUAGGAAUCGUUUAUAGCCUAAUUCGGUGCCCCUCAAAUUAUAGGGAAAAUAACGGUGGGGUUCUAUCCCCUCCAUCCCAGAAAUCGCUCAUCCGCUGAGGAGGCAAUACGUUUUUCAGUAAUCGAGUCCCUUAUUCCUAAUGUACAUCGUCAUACCUCCCUCAUAGGCAGCAGGCAAGCAUUAAACUGAAGCACUCACUUGAGAUAAAGGUAUACCAUCAUCGUGCACGACACCAGAGUAUGACAUGUCCGUUUGCACCGUUGGGUAUGUAGAAGUAGCUUUCCACUAUCUACAACUUCGAUGUUGUCUUCUAGGAACUUGAGCGGACAUCUAAGGCACCCAUGACUGUCAGACCAGAAGCUGCAACGCUAGUUGAACUGUUGACAAAACUAAACACUGGUUUUAGGUGAAUAUUUCAAUUGUUUUUUUCUACUGCUUGAUUACUACACGCCUAUUAGUCCAUUUUCGAGCUGAUUUUUGGAAGUAAGCUUUCUAAUGACACAAAUACCCCAAGACUCAUGUUAAGGUCAUCCUGCACCGCUAGACACAGUGAACAAUUCUUCUUACACUUCCUACAGUGUAACGUCUCGAAUUCACCAUUCUGUAACCCUUUAUACCCUAACAUCAGUAUGCACAUUCUUCUUAUUCUUCUGUACACAUUUCGUCAGGUACUGAUAAGGAGCUUUAGCUUAACAAUUAGGAGCUUCUUUAGUUGGGGACCAUUUAUUCUCGUGACCUUAAUGCGUGAUUCAGGGGAAGUAAGGAGAAAUUAAAAACCAGUCAGUCCACCUGGUUACAGGGUUGAAGUCAAUAAUUGAUAGCAACAUGAACAGAGACUACCAUCCACAGAUGUAUGUUUGUCAUCAAUGAUCGAUCGAAAAACAAGCUUUAAGUCAACGUUCAUUUAUUGCUAUUGAUUAUUGCUGUUAGGCGUUAGUUAGAAAUUUUACCGUAAGGAAAAGUCUCCUUACCGAAAAUGAAAGCUAAAGUUCUUUACACAUAAAACUGAGUUUUUCCAAUGGGUGCAAAUAUAUUUGGAAAAGGAGUGGGUGAUGAAACAACCAUAAUCGGUCGGCAAGUUAGUCAGUAGGACUGUCGAUUGAUCGAUACCGAUCAACGUCUACAAGGUUAAGUUUAUUUGUUUAUCACCUUUAUAUCCUUCGUUAAAUUUCCUUCGGUUAACAAUCCUUGAAAACUUAGAAUUGUAAUAAUGAAAAAAAAAACUUGGACGUAUUUAAAUCCACUUAACCAAAAACAAGUUUUGUGACCUAUCCUCGCGAUGUUUUUUCCCUUUGCCCACCAACACCACCCACCCAGCCAGCCAGAGCUUAUCCCGGUUUCUAUUACAUGAGGCGACCAGGCCCAUUACUGCUCCUCCGUGGAUACCUGUCCAUCGCAAGGUUACCCCUCAGCAUGUCAUCAGGCUUCUCUGACAAUUCGCUAGUACCUGUCUAUAAUCCUCAGCCCUCCAAGCUGCGACCAUCUUGGUCGCUACGCGAGUGAAAAAUAUAGUUCGCGACUAAAAUUUCGACAAAAGUGGCCAUUUGACGACAAACAGGUUUAAAAAAAAUGACCAAAAUGUUUAUUUUGGCAACCAUUUUACGGUUGAAGGUCGGCAAAAGGUCACUUUUUGAAAAAUUAAUCGUGAAGCGCUGCUCCUUUGUGGAGAGAAAAUUCUACUCCUCAAGUUAUCUUGUUAAUUUUUAUUUGCCUACUGAAGGUGGUCCCCACUAACCACUAAAGCAAAUUCCACCAAUGUUCUCUUAACUCAGAAGCCUGGUAUUCCUCAGCCUUUCCCAACACCUCUACCGCUCCAGGGCUCCCACCCUGAAGUGGCAGAAUUGACGAAUGGGCAGCUGAUGCAAAGUGGGCCCUCUCGAGAGGUUAAGCGAAAGUUCUUUACUUUGUAAUUUGUUUGUUGUGAGACUUGUGACGUAAGAUUAAAAUACGAUAGUUUCUUGAGCCAUUCGAAUUCAUAUUUGCAUCCGUAGACAAGUGAAGCCUCGUCGAAGAAAAACGAUGAAGUUACAGAUGACCUGAAAACGUUACUACAUGAAGUGCGGAGCUUGAUCUCAAGUUUCCAAGUGCACGUCUUCCAAACUGCGACUCCGGCCAAGACUCCGAAUGCUCCGUCUGCGUCACAGGGUUCUCUUGCUGAGCGAGCGCUGUUGGACGACUGCCCCGUGCGUCCUGACGAACCAUAUGUGGGAAGAAGUGGGCAGCAGCGUGCUGUCGGCGAGACAACCUCUGACAAGGAAAAUUCUGGUCCUUCAAGCGAGGAUGAAAAGCAAGGCCAAACAAGCAACGGUGACAGAAAAGGUCGUGGCGCAACCCAGAAGGGGCAUCUUCGUUCUAAGCCCUUAAUUUCCCGAGGGCACAGGCAGGAAAUCAACGGAGAAGAAGGUUCAUCUGUAUCAACACAUCUGAAUUCGAAAGUCAGCAGCAGAUGCGAUUUCGACGAGGUUAGCGACGAUGUCAACGACUUUGCAAUUCCGCUGCACAGUUCGUCUCCAAAGAGGGUUGAUAUUGCAUCCAGUGAUGCAGUCAGCGAACGUUCACAAACAUUUGACAGGCCCCUUUCAUUGUCGUCGUCGUCGAUUCACAGUGACCACUCAGAUGUCACCUCUCUUUUAAUGGACCGAUCAACUUCCACUGCGGACACUGUUAUCUCACGUGACAUCCUGAACGCGGCUCGUUCUUGGAAGCCAAAGUCGAGCGCAUUGUCAGUUACAAGUAAUCAGUCAACUUCAAGUAAAAUAUCUGAUGUGGCGCCGUUACCAAACGGCAAGUCGCGCUAUUUGCCUUUAAGCGAAAACGAAGGAAGACGAAAUGUUGAUUCAGAGUCUGCCCGACGUAAGUGUGUGCGCCAAAAACAAGAAGAUUUCAUUUCAAGGAAAGAGAGUGACAGAAUCUUAACAGCAGGUGAUAUGCUUGUUGCUAUAUUUAGUGUUAAUAUGUGGCGAUCUAUAAAAGCCUACUUAGAUCCAUUUAUACUGAAUCUUGAAUUGUCCAUGUUUGCGCGUCGAAGUGAUGCUACCUUGCUUUUCAUGAAUAAGCAGACAAUGGCUGGAACAAAUCGAUGUAAAAUUACAUGGUUUACAUACCACAUGGCACACAUUAGCAUACUUGCAAUUCGAGAGUAAGUUCUAGUUUGAAUGACCUAUUUUUGUCGCUUACUAAAUUGCUACUCCACCUCGUCCUGGUUUGCGAAAAUCUGACAGCACCAAACCUCAACAGUCCUCUUUUCGCACUAUUUUCUCCAUUUUUGUUUGUUUGAUUUUGUUUCCAUUUCUUUCUUUCUUUCUUUCUUUGUUUUCUUUGUUCUCUACAUUAUUUUCAACGAACUUUGCAGCUGAAGAACCUGUGAGGAAAAAGUCAUCAGAUGGUGAACCUGUGUACAGGCGUGCCGAGAUGAUCUUGAGAUCGCUUGCACAAACUGGGGAGCAACUUACCAAGAAAAACAGAGGUCAGUUGUAACAUAAACGACUUCAUAAAACACUCAUCAUUCGAAAAUAUGUUGGGUUAAAAUUUCCCGAACAAAUUCUUCUUAACUUUCCUGGCGGAAACAUAACAAGAGUAAACUGUAUCAUUCAUUAUGACCCAUUGUUCGUAAGGCUCGCUCGAAGAAAGUGAUAGAAACAACAAACAGAGAAAAAUCUCUUUUAGUUAUCAGUAUGGUAGCUUUAACUUUGUAAUUCGUAAUCGGUUCAUUUCAGCCGUCGGGAUGCAGGAAGGAAACUUUUCCACCAAUUUUCCAACGUCGCGCCCAUUACCGUUUGUUUGAUUGUUGGUCUUUACUUUUUCUCUGUGAAGUUCAUUAACGUUGAGCACCUUCAUGUGACGUGUGAAUGUGCUUGGAUGUUUGUCCAUGGAGAGAAAGUAGGUCGUCAUUAUUAGCGCUGCGGCACGAUUGCUUCCUCUUUUGCUAGAAAUUAUGAGGCCUUGAGCUCCGCGAACCAUUGCCCUUUACAGCGCAAGAGUAUGUUGACUUUUUAAAGUGACUAAUAGGAACAAACCAACAUGCUUCUCCUUUAACAGUAGCAAAAAGUUUUCUUGGCUUUGAACAACUUUUACAGAAAGACUUCAUAUCAAACGCAAUUUCUUUAAAAUCGGGGAAUAUCAGCGCAUAUUCCUCUGCUUCAGCAGGGGGCCUGUUUGGUCUCAUUGUAGUCUUGAACCAAUGGCGUGCCUGAGAAAAUACUUUAAUGAUUUGUCAAAUUUUACUACUUUGGUGGAUUAAUCUUCCUUUUGCGUUCUUAGAGAUCGAACACUUGUUGAAGGAACAAGACAGACGAAUAAAAAAGUGCCGGAAAAACGAGGACCACAUGCAUGCACUUCUGUCUUGA